CCUACUCAGCCCCACGACGGCGCCCGCCGGCCUCGGCCUAGACGGGCAGCGCCAGAGGAGACGAGUCACAUCACAGCGCUGCUCCCUCGAAUUUCUGGAAGACGCCGUGGGAUGUGCCUCGGUGCAGAGAACCAAGCAUGCAUCUGGGUCACCAAGACACAAAGGCCUGAAGAAAACCCACUUCAUCAAAAACAUGAGGCAGUAUGACACGAAGAACAGCAGGAUUGUGCUCAUCUGUGCCAAGCGGUCCCUGUGUGCGGCCUUCUCAGUCCUGCCCUAUGGAGAAGGCCUCCGGAUCAGUGACCUGAGGGUGGACAGCCAGAAGCAGAGGCACCCAUCCGGCGGCGUUUCUGUUUCUUCCGAGAUGGUCUUUGAGUUGGAAGGCGUUGAGCUGGGAGCAGAUGGAAAGGUCGUGUCUUAUGCAAAGUUCCUGUACCCUACUAAUGCCUUGGUUACACACAAGAAUGACAGUCACGGCUUGCUGCCCCAGCCUCGGCCCAGCGUCCCCCGUGUUCCACCAGGUUCAAGACACAAACCUGUACCUACCAAGUCAACACCAGCUGGCACAGAACUAGGAAACGAUGGAGGAGAGGCAGUGGAAUACAACCCCAACCUCUUGGAUGACCCACAGUGGCCAUGUGGGAAGCACAAGCGGGUCCUUAUCUUUGCUUCGUACAUGACCACGGUUAUAGAGUAUGUGAAGCCUGCAGACCUCAAGAAGGACAUGAAUGAGACCUUCAGGGAGAAGUUCCCGCAUAUCAAACUGACACUGAGCAAAAUUAGGAGUUUAAAGCGGGAGAUGCGCACCCUGUCUGAGGAGUGCAGCCUGGAGCCCGUGACCGUGUCCAUGGCCUACGUGUACUUUGAGAAGCUGGUGCUGCAGGGCAAGCUCAACAAGCACAACCGCAAACUGUGUGCUGGAGCUUGCGUUCUGCUGGCUGCCAAGAUCAGCAGUGACCUCCGCAAGGGCGAAGUGAAGCAGCUGAUUGACAAGCUGGAGGAACGAUUCCGGUUCAACAGAAGAGACCUCAUUGGGUUUGAGUUCACGGUGCUUGUGGCUCUGGAACUGGCCCUGUACCUCCCGGAGAGCCAAGUGUUACCUCACUACAGACGCCUCACCCAGCAGUUCUAGCCCAGAAUAGUGUGCACCCUGCAGGAAGGCUGCUUGGUAGGAAGGCAUGUGGCUUGGCUAGAACAGAGGCAACUAGUGUCCAGUCCCUCCUCCAACACUGCACUUGCCCCUCACAGCCCAACACUGCUUCCAUUCAGAAGUGUACCACACCUCACAGCACUUCUGAGAAUUUUCCUGAUGUAAAUGAACAGUGUGGGGCUUGGCUUGCUCUUCAUGUGCCUGAGACCAGCCUGGUUUACAUUGUGUGGAUCCUGAGGUCCAGCCUUUGAAACCCAUCACAGCUGAGACCAUUCCCAUGGAGACCCAGGUGAACAGACCUGAACAUAGGAGAAUUGCCAACCAGGCUUAUUUCUGGAAUCGGCUGUGUAGACCCUCCCUCCACCACCCUAACAGAGCUCUCCUUUGUUGGCAAGGUAGAGGGGAGGGCAGAUACCUUGACCCACCCUGGUUUUGCUUACUCUUUGGACCUUGUCAUGCAUCUGUCACUGUGAAACCCCUGUGCCAUUCACACAUACAGCAAGGCUUGGCCAACCCCACCACACCGCCUGCCGGAAACAUCCCUGAAGCACUGGGCCCUUAAGACAACUGCUGACUUGAGGCUCUUGGCUUUCCUAAGCAAUACUGUAAUGGAUAAAAGUCAUUGAAAUUUGUUCUCCAAGGUAACAGAAGCUGGUCCAAUAAGGUCUGCUGGUGCAACUCUGAAACCACACCUGAUCUCCAGGCAGGAAGGCACUGACCCUGCCACCUCUAAAUGUCGUCGAGGACAACUUGCCUGUGCAUCCACCGUGCCAUUGUCCCUUUGCUUUUUUAUGACAAGUAGCCACUAUUCGGGGUCCCAUAGUAGGUGCCAGACCUACUGCUAGCAGCUGCUCGGAUCCACAGCCUCACCACACCCCAGCAAUGCUCACGCCUCACGCCUGACACUGUCCAACCACCUAGGACCAGAGCAUCAAUAACAGCUUGAGCACAAGGGAGCCUUGCAGGAUUGUGACAGACCAAUCUUGUUUAUAGACCAUGCUUAUGCUGGUGUAAGUGAACCCUAACCCCUACAGCAUCUUGGGUGCAAGACAAUGGUCCUGCAAACAUGCCAUCCUUAAGGUAGUCCCCUCAUUUGGUUUAAAAUGAACCUCCUAGACAUUGCUCCAACUUUCAGGCUACCCUCCGAGGACACCCAGGCAGCUUCCUCUAGAUGUGUAGUUAAUGUUAAAGCUGGUAGACAGCAGUAACUUAAGCUUAUAUUUAUGUAGUAAAGUUUAUUAUUUACCAAGCUCGCCUACUAAGAGUCCUUCCAUCCCACUCAUCUUUAGUGACACCAAGAGCUGCUGUGUGGUACCAAGCACUGCUGCAACAAAACCAACCUUAAACCAAAUGGCAGGCUAAACCCAGAAAUCUGAACUAUAUCCAUGGUGUCCAGCUGGACUGUGACCCAAUGCCACAGACCUGGUGCUGCACCCUUAGCACCCAACAGUAGGCACAAGUGUUUGUGAAAGGCUAUCUAACCUCAGAAUGUCAUGUACGUCGGGUAGGUUUUGAAUGGAUGGUGUUAAUGUUUUUGUUAAAGUAAAACUUGGUUUUGCAACAUA